UUUCAAUCUCCCUUCUCUUCCUCUUCUUCCCUUUUUUUUAAACUUCGGAAUCCAGGAUCGUGGGUCGAUCGGUUCUCACAAUCCGAUCAAGACCCAGUAGUUCGUUUUCAUCCAUACAUCAUUUUUUUUUCUACAAAAGGUUUUGUAACAGAUGAUUUCUGGGUGUCUUGAAUAGUAGAUUGAUGUUUUUCUGUUAGAUCAAAAGAUGUGUAUAUAUAUAUUAUAUUAUAUUUGCAGAAUGGAGAUGGAAUCAUCAUGAUUUUACAGUUUAUGCGAUUUUACGAUUUUGACAGAGAAAAUUCAAUUUCCCGAUUUUACAUUAUGGUUUUGGCGGGAGAACCCGAUUUUACGGUUUUGGCGGGAGAACCCGAUUUUACGGUUUUGGCGGGAAAACCCGAUUUUACGGUUUUGGCGGGAAAACCCGAUUUUCCGGUUUUGGCGGGAAAACCCGAUUUCUCAGUUUUGGCAAGAAAACUUGAUUUUACAGUUUUGGCAAUUUUACGGUUUUAGCGGAAAACUCGAUUUUCUGAUUUUGGCGGGAAAACUAGAUUUCCUAGUUUUGGCGGAAAAAUCUGAUUUCUCUGUUUUGGUGGGAAAACUCGAUUUCUCGGUUUCGGCGGGAAAACCCGAUUUUACGGUUUUAGCCAAAAACUCAAUUUCUCGAUUUUGGUAGGAAAACUCGAUUUUUUCCGGUUUUGGCGGAAAAAUUCGAUUUCUCGGUUUUGGCGGGAAAAUCCAAUUUCUCAAUUUUCGCGGAAAACCCCGAUUUUACAGUUUGUGCGAUUUUACGAUUUUGACAGAGAAAAUUCAAUUUCCCGAUUUUGGCGAGAAAACCCGAUUUCUCGGUUUUGGUAGAAAAACUCAAUUUUUUUUAAACUCUAGAUUUUUUUUGUCCAUUGGACAACCCAUGUCCAUGAAACCCAAAACCCGUAAAGACCAUUUUUUAAAUGGUCAUCCAUAUUUUGUCCAUUAAUAACCCAUGGACAAAAUGGGUGUGUCCAUAUUAAGUCCAUUUAAAUAUGGACGUGGACGACCAAUGGACGACCCGCCCAUUUGACACCUAUAGAAUCAUGUAAGCUGUUCAUCGGUGGGAUCUCUUGGGAGACGACCGAAGAUCGUCUCCGCGAGUAUUUCCAGAGUUUCGGUGAGGUUUUAGAGGCCGUUAUCAUGAAGGAUCGUGCCACUGGUCGUGCUCGUGGCUUUGGUUUCCUUGUCUUCUCUGACCCCAACGUCGCUGAGCGAGUCGUCUUGAUCAGACACGUCAUUGAUGGUAAACUUGUUGAGGCGAAGAAGGCAGUUCCAAGAGAUGAUCACGUAGUAUUGAACAGAAGCAACAACACUAGCCUCCAGGGAUCACCUGGCCCAGCUAACAGCAAGAAGAUCUUUGUUGGAGGUUUGGCUUCAACGGUGACAGAAGCUGAGUUCAAAAAGUAUUUCGCUCAGUUUGGGGUGAUCACUGACGUUGUGGUGAUGUAUGACCACAGAACCCAACGACCGAGAGGCUUCGGUUUCAUCUCCUUUGAAUCAGAGGAAGCUGUAGACAAAGUUCUGCAGAGGACAUUCCACGAACUCAACGGAAAGAUGGUGGAAGUCAAACUGGCUGUUCCUAAAGAAAUGGCUCUGAACCCAAUCCGGAACCAAGUGAAUGUAAAUAGCUUUGGUAAUAGUAGAAUCAGCGCAUUGCUGAUGAACGAGUACACGCAAGGAUUCAGCUCGAGUCCAGUCUCCGGUUAUGGAGUCAAACCUGAAGUUAGGUACAGUCAAGGAUUAGUAGGUAAUAGGGGUGGAUUCUCACCGUUUGGACAUGGAUAUGGAAUAGAGCUGAACUUUGAGGCGGAUCAGAGUCAGAACUUUGGAUCUGGUUCCAGUGCAGGCUUCGGACGUCCCUUUAGCCUUAGCAGGUACGGUAGCCAGAUUGAGUCAGGAGGAGCUGGGAACGGCUCUGUGCUAAAUGCAGCAGCAAAGAACCAGUUAUGGGGUAAUGGUGGUGGUCUAGGUUACAUGUCAAACUCGCCAAUAUCUAGAAACAGCUUCAAUGGAAUGUCUUCGCUAGGCAGCAUCGGAGACAACUGGGGACGUAAUAGCUACCGCAGUGAGGGAGGAGGAGGCGUAGGAUUAGAAGCAAUGAGAGGGGGUCAUGUUGGUGGUUAUAGCAGCGGCUCAAGCAGCUUGGAGAAUGACUCUUUGUACAGUGACUCGGCGUGGCUUUCUCUGCCUGCAAAGGCGGAGGAAAGAAUGGGAGCGUUUGACUUCAUGUCUAGAGGACCAGCUGGAUACAUCAACAGCCAACCAAACGGAGGAAUUGCAGCUUAGAGAAGUGUGAAACCCAUUCCAUGGAGAUAUGAUUUGACUAUUUGCAGAAGAGAGUUUUUUUAGAAGAUGAAAAAAAAAUUGUUCAAAAAAAGUUUAUUUACUUUCUUAAUAUUUUGAUUGUUGUUAUAGUUUUUAUUUUUCACCCUUUUUCUAAUUUGGGGGGGUUUUGUUUCUUUUAUCUUUGAAGAAGGAAGAAAAGUGUAAACAUAGUUAUAUAAAGAGACAAAAGAAACAAUGAAGUUGUAUUAUGUUCUUGUCUU